UUAAAUCUUGUGAAAAAUUCCUCGGCCAUACCUUCCUUCUCAGAUCAAAUCCCUAUUUUCCUCUUUUCAACUCCCUUAAAAUGCCCAAAAUCUGUUUGCCUAACCCUUGAUCGAAUCACAAUCUUCUCAUCUAAACCUUCAAUUUCUCAAUAAUGGCGUCUGAUUCCCCAAAUUCCCACAUUAAUCCUUUCCUAAUUUAUGUUACUGAGGAUGAAAGAGCUGAUCUUUAUCACCAAAUCCUUCACGGCACAGCUCCUCUCUCUGACCUGUUCACUAUGAGGGCUCUCGCCACUCUGAUCUGGCAUCCAUCUCUCAUAGAGGAGCUCUCCAUACGUGAGUCCAAGGCUAUCUACGAAAAAGCUACUAGGAUUACUAUGGAACCCUGGUCUCUGGAUGAAGGAAUGGUAAAUGAAGAAGACAUUCUUGCUGAUCUUCGAGCUUGGAAAGCAGAGCCUCAGCCUACGAUCCUUCUGAAGGCUUAUCUAUUGUGUCCGUGUCCACAAUUGUGUAUUCUGGACCUCUGCCAAGACAAUCAGAAGUUGUUAUACCCUCUAUGCCAGAGUCUCAAUCUGCUCCAGGCUCUACUCCAGUGACCACUAGAGUUUCUAUUCGAGAUAUCGUUACUAAUUUAAAUGAUCAAAGUGCCUCAGUACAAGCAGCCAUCCUAUAUGAUCUGAUUGCUAAUCUCCCAAAUAUUCCUUGUUUCACGAAAUCUGUUCUCGUUAUCACAGUGUCAUUCACAACAUCUGACAAAGGGAAAGCUAAGGUCACUGAUCCAGGUGAACCUGCCUCAGCUCCAGUAGCUAAAAGGAAGCUUAUUGUGUCAGAUGAAGUGGAAUUUUUGUCUAAGACCAGACCAAGCAAAAGGACUGGCUCACAACGCCUCUCUGGACUUGCACUUCGUACCAGAUCUAAGACUAGGGCCUCCAUUCCAGUAUCCCUCCUGCCUCUGCUCUAGUCUCCAAACCACCAAAGUCAGCUGCUACGUCUAAGCCAUCCAAGUCUAAAUCAGCAAAAGCCUCCAGGAGAAACCUUUCCAGCCUAUUCUCUUAUCUCCUGACCUGGAAGAUCUAUGGACGGUGCAUUCUGCACGAAGCAUUCUUGUGGGAAAAAACUAUGAUGUUGUCUAUUUGUUCACUCAUUGCAAUGUGAUUCCUUUAUUGCGUAGCCAAAAUCCACUUCAGACCAUUCAAGAUGUUGGCUCCUAUUCAGCUUGGCUUAUCCCGGAAUUCUACGCAAACCUAAUGGCUGACACCAUGCUUCCCUCUUCCAACCAUUAUCAUCAAGUAUUUGUGAGGAAUACAUGGUAUGAUUUUAGUCCAACCAUAAUUAAUGCAUACUUCCACAAAACUGCUUUGGAUGAUUCAUUUGAGCCUGCAAGUGAUCUCUUGGCCUCUCAACUCACUCAUAAUGUGCACGACACAUGGCCGAAAGAUGGUAUCCCUUCAAAUGUUCUCACUGCAGUUUAUUCUAUGAUAUUUCAUUUGGCAUCAAGUAACUGGCUGCCGAAUGUGUCUCUCCAUACUAUGACUAAGAAGAUGGCAUCCCUCUUGUACAAAGUUCAUCAUCAAAUGGAGUUGAGCUCGGUUAUCUGAUCUACCAUCAUAUUAUGGGAUUCACGAAGAAGAAGGAAGCGAAUAUUCACCUCCCUUUUCCGUGUUUAAUCACUGGAGUUCUGCAAUCUCAAGGGCUAAAGUUAUAUUUGAAUGAGCCCCUCUGCCAAGUUACUCACAAGCAUGCCAUGGACUCUCGCCUCUUCCAGGGCACUCACUUUGAUGACAUGUCCACUCUCUCCUCUAUGCCUACUCCAGGUUCUGCAGCUCUCGCCUCCACUGCCUCAGGUUCUUCCUCAGCCAGGCCUCACUCUGCCUCUGAUCCAGCGGCUUCACCAGAACUAAUGGCUCUUCACCAACAAGCUGAGUUCCUCAUAUCUCUAAUCUCGGGCUUAAAGAUAAAUGUUGUUUCGCUUCAGACAUCCAUCUCCAACGCUGAAGAUAGGGUGGUUUGCACUCAACGUCAAAUUGCCACACUGGAAGAAGCUGCUCGUACUGCUCCAACUGCUGAGGAUGAUGUAGACAAUACCUCCUCUGCCCACAGUUCUGAUGACUAGAAGCUUCACUUUGCCCAUUAGCUUGACAAAAAGGUGGAGUGCGUAGUAAGGGGGAGUAGUAUGGAUGGUUGACAAUGGUUGCCAUUGAACUGCAAAAUAAGUGCUUAUUAUUUUUUUUUUGUUGUUGCUUGCUAGUUGUGUUUGCUAGUUGAGAACUUGAUCUAUGUUUUAUGCUUAAAUGAU